CCGUCUGCAACCAACAUACACGCACAGGCCUUCAGCUUCCUCUCUCACCAUUCCUUCCCCCUCUCCUUCUCCCAACUGCAAUCAUGGCGGAUAGAGGCGCAGGGGACCGGGGCGGCUUCGGCCGUGGAUUCGGAGGCCGAGGACGCGGCGGAGACAGAGGCGGCCGAGGACGCGGCCGUCGCCCCCGACGUGAGGCGGAAGAGGAAAAAUGGGUCCCUGUCACCAAGCUGGGCCGCCUGGUAAGGGAUGGCAAGAUCAAAUCACUCGAGCAAAUUUACCUCCACUCCCUCCCGAUCAAGGAGUACCAAAUCAUCGAUCUUCUGGUUGGCCCGUCGCUGAAGGACGAGGUCAUGAAGAUCAUGCCCGUCCAGAAGCAGACCCGCGCCGGGCAGAGGACGCGAUUCAAGGCGUUCGUCGUCGUCGGCGAUAGCAACGGCCACGUCGGCCUCGGCGUCAAGUGCUCGAAGGAGGUGGCGACGGCGAUUCGAGGCGCGAUUAUUUUGGCGAAAUUGUCGGUGAUCCCUGUGAGGAGGGGAUACUGGGGGAAUAAGAUCGGUAAGCCGCACACCGUGCCGUGCAAGGUCACCGGGAAGUGCGGGUCCGUCUUGGUGAGGAUGGUGCCGGCGCCGCGUGGUUCGGGGAUUGUGGCGGCUCGUGUGCCUAAGAAGGUUCUGCAGAUGGCUGGUAUUGAUGAUGUCUUCACCUGCUCCCGUGGAUCCACUAAAACCCUAGGCAACUUCGUCAAGGCAACAUUUGACUGCUUGUUGAAGACUUAUGGCUUCCUAACUCCAGAUUUCUGGAGGGAGACCCGAUUUUCAAAAUCACCUUUCCAAGAAUACACAGAUUUGUUGGCAAAGCCGACUGGGAAGAUUCUACAUGUUGUGGACGAAGUUGAGGCCUAAGCGUAAGGAAGGGUUUUUGUUAAGGUGUUUCAUUAUAGAUGAAGAGCUCAAAUUUUGUAGUACUAUUGUUUUGGUCAUCGAAUUGCCUGUUUGAGAUUGCUUUUGUUUAAAAGCAGGUCAUGUGUAUCCUGAUUUGCUUUGGGUUACUUGUGUUACCAUAGUUUUGUUUGCAAUUUAGAUGUACUAUUUUUAUUCCCA